ACUGAAAAACAGAACUCAAACUCUCUCUGCUCUGUAAGUUAAAGUAGAGAGAGUGAAAAAAUCCUUUAGUACUGAGCGGCAAAGUACUUAUUUUUACUUCUUUUUUUGUGUUUCAUAGCAUAAGUUUAUAUUCAAUCUUAAAGUUUCGAACUUUCAGCUGUUUUACUCUGGUUUGAGCUUAAAAAUCGAUUCUCUGAUUCAUUUUGUGAAUACCCCAUUUGAGUUUUAGAGGCAAAAAAUACGAAUUUUUUCAUAAAGCUAUGGCAGAACCAAAACCUGAAGAAAUAAGUCACCCACCAAUGGACCAACUUCAAGGCCUAGAGUACUGCAUUGACUCAAAUCCUUCUUGGGGAGAAGCUAUAGCUUUAGGGUUUCAACAUUACAUUUUGGCCUUAGGAACUGCUGUGAUGAUCCCUUCUUUUCUUGUUCCUUUAAUGGGAGGAACUGAUGAUGAUAAAGUUAGAGUGGCGCAGACACUGUUAUUUGUUGAAGGGAUUAAUACACUUUUACAAACACUAUUUGGAACUCGAUUACCUACUGUUAUUGGAGGGUCUUAUGCCUUCAUGGUUCCCAUUAUAUCAAUAAUCCAUGAUACUACUUUGCUAAGCAUUGAGGAUAACCAUAUGAGAUUUCUAUAUACUAUGAGAGCUGUCCAAGGUGCACUAAUAGUAGCAUCAAGCAUACAAAUUAUCUUGGGGUAUAGUCAGAUGUGGGCCAUUUGCACCAGGUUCUUUAGCCCCCUUGGAAUGAUUCCGGUUAUUGCACUAGUCGGCUUUGGUUUGUUUGACAAAGGCUUCCCUGUGGUCGGUCGCUGCGUUGAAAUUGGGAUCCCAAUGCUUGUUCUAUUUAUAGCCUUCUCUCAGUACUUGAAGAAUUUCCACACAAAGCAACUGCCGAUACUGGAGCGGUUUGCCCUCAUUAUAUCGAUCACGGUAAUUUGGGCAUAUGCACAUCUCUUGACAGCGAGUGGUGCAUACAAACAUCGUCCCGAGUUAACACAAUUAAAUUGCAGAACUGACAAGGCCAACCUCAUUUCUUCUGCCCCAUGGAUAAAGAUUCCUUAUCCUCUUCAAUGGGGUGCUCCUACAUUUGAUGCUGGUCAUGCUUUUGGAAUGAUGGCUGCUGUUUUAGUCUCAUUGAUUGAGUCAACAGGUUCUUACAAGGCUGCUGCACGCCUAGCGAGUGCCACACCACCUCCAGCUCAUAUUCUUAGCCGUGGUAUUGGUUGGCAAGGCAUCGGAAUCCUUUUGGAUGGAUUAUUUGGAACACUGACUGGUUCAACUGUCUCUGUGGAAAAUGUGGGGCUUCUUGGAAGCACUCGUGUUGGAAGCCGCAGGGUCAUUCAAAUCUCAGCUGGCUUUAUGAUAUUCUUUUCGAUAUUAGGAAAAUUUGGAGCGUUGUUCGCAUCAAUACCGUUCACCAUAUUUGCUGCUGUGUAUUGUGUUUUGUUUGGUAUUGUUGCUUCUGUGGGGCUGUCAUUCAUGCAAUUUACAAACAUGAACUCCAUGAGAAACCUAUUCAUCAUAGGUGUUGCAAUGUUCUUAGGCUUGUCGGUUCCCGAGUACUAUAGAGAAUACACUGCCAAGGCACUUCAUGGUCCUGCUCAUACCAGGGCUGUAUGGUUCAAUGAUUUCCUUAAUACCAUCUUCUUUUCAUCUCCAACUGUUGCAUUGAUUGUUGCCGUACUCCUAGACAACACACUUGACUACAAAGAUAGUGCUCGAGAUAGAGGAAUGCCAUGGUGGGCUAAUUUCCGUACGUUCAAAGGAGAUGGCCGGAGUGAAGAGUUUUAUUCACUCCCUUUCAAUCUCAAUCGUUUCUUCCCUCCGUCAUAGAUCAUUGUCAACAACAACGAGAUGCCUCGGUCAUAUGUAUAUUUGACUUGGGUUCAAUCUGAUAUCGAUUCGUUUGUGCUCCACUCUAGUUAUUAAUUAUUAUUUUUGGUGUGUAAUGUAGGCUUGCUUCUAACAAUGUUUGCAAAAGUGACUUUGCAAGAACUCUGUGAAUCAAAUGUAAUGCACUUUUUGGCUUCUCUCA